AUGAAAUAUUACGGAAAGUAUUAUGGUCCAUUUGGUCAAUGGGUUUGUAAUGACUAUAGGGAUCCCAAUAAAGGAGCAUCCAAGUACAAACUUCCUCCCAAUAACUAUAUUCCUGCUGUUUAUGUUUUUUUUGACCAAGAUGAAAGAUAUCUUAGACAUAGCCAAAACCAAGCAACAAUAGUUAAGUACAAUAAUAUCGUAACCUAUGUUGGAAGUUCGGUUAGUUUCUUACCUUUUAUCAAGCAAUGUAGAUUAGGUCCUGAUGGCCAACCAGUGGAUAUCCUCAAAGUAGUGUCAAACAUCUACCUUGAUGGAAAAUUCCAACGUGCGAUGUUGGAUCCACUCCUCCAGAAUCCAGAUCCAUUGUCCAGAUGGGAGUAUAUCAAAAAUGAUAUUUUAGAUGCUUUACAUCAUGCAUGGUUCCCUAUUGAAGAUCCCUAUCACCAUGAUGACGGAGAGCUUUCUGUUAUUGACAAACUUAAAGGAUUGUGGCAUCAUGACUCAAAGAAAAAAAAGUAG